GUGCGGGGAGCAGCGGGCGUCACCUCAUCUCGCCCCGGCCCGGCCCCGCCUCGCACCCCGCCCCGGAGCCCAGCCCGGAGACAGCAUCAUGAACCUGGAAAAUAAAGUGAAAAAGAUGGGCUUGGGCCAUGAGGAAGGACUUGGUGCCCCCUGCUUAAAAUGCAAGGAUAAGUGUGAAGGAUUUGAGCUUCAUUUCUGGAGAAAAAUAUGUCGCAACUGCAAAUGUGGCCAGGAAGAGCAUGAUAUCCCCACAAGCAAUGAGGACGACUGUAAAGUGGGGAAACUCUUUGAAGAUACAAAAUACACAGCCCUUAUAGCAAAGCUGAAGAAGGAUGGUGCUCCAGUGUAUAAACGCAAUGUAAUGAUACUGACUAACCCAGCGGCAGCCAAGAAGAAUGUAUCCAUCAAUACUGUCACCUAUGAGUGGGCUCCCCCUGUUCAGAAUCAGACACUUGCUAGACAGUAUAUGGAAAUGCUACCAAAGGAGAAGCAGCCUGUUGCUGGCUCAGAAGGCGCACAGUACAGGAAGAAGCAGCUGGCUAAGCAGCUGCCUGCUCACGAUCAGGAUCCUUCAAAAUGCCAUGAGCUCUCCCCCAGUGAAGUUAAGCAGAUGGAACAAUUUGUGAAGAAGUACAAAAAUGAGGCACUGGGUGUAGGAGAUGUCAAACUCCCUGGUGAGCUGGAAACAAGAGCCACUGACCAGAGUAAUGUGAGCAAUGGUGAGAGAGCCACUUCAACUGCUGUAAGAGCGAUGCAGGACAAGUCCCCAGGUCAGAAGGCAUCUCAGUAUUCUUGCUAUGAGUGCAAACUGAACAUGGAAGAAGGUGACCCAGCCGUCUAUGCAGAACAUGCAGGAUAUGACAAACUGUGGCACCCAGCUUGUUUUGUCUGUUGCAUCUGCAAUGAACUUCUAGUAGACAUGAUCUAUUUCUGGAAGAAGGGUAACCUGUACUGUGGAAGACAUUACUGUGAAAGUGAAAAACCACGCUGUGCUGGGUGUGAUGAGCUAAUAUUCAGCAAUGAAUAUACUCAAGCAGAAGGUCAAAACUGGCAUCUGAAACAUUUCUGCUGUUUUGACUGUGAUCGCAUUUUGGCUGGGGAGAUCUAUGUGAUGUUGACUGAGAAGCCAGUCUGCAGACCCUGCUACAUGAAGAACCACGCUACGGUCUGCCAAAGCUGCCAUAAUGCUAUAGAUCCAGAGGUCCAGCGUGUGGCAUACAACAACUUCAACUGGCAUGCUACACAGGAAUGCUUCUUCUGUUGCUGUUGCAGCAAGGGUCUCAUUGGCCGGAAGUUCAUGUCAGUGGAAGGGAUGGUCUUUUGCUCAGUGGAAUGUAAGAAGAAGAUAAUGUCUUAAGAGAAGAUAUCUUCAAACCAAGAAGUGCUGCGUUCCAAAGGCUCUUGCAUCUCUACUGUAAAAUGCACAGUGUUGGGGCACUUAAGGUUACUGAAAGUAUUAAAUAGCAUUUUCCCAAAGAUUUUUUUUUUCAUGAGUAAAACUUGCUACAUAAUCUUAAUUUCUCUUUUGAAAUACCAUUCCUACAUUGGAUGUCAAGUGACUUCACCUGCCAGAAAUGUAAGGAAAAAUGUUAUGAACUAUAUACAUUUAAAGGGAGCUCUUCACAAUGAAGGAUCUUCUUGCUCUGUCUUGUGUAAUAGAAGAAGAAAAUGUGAAAAUGCUCCAAUUUUUGGGUUUUUAUGAUAAAUGUAAUUCUUCCAUUUUUGUUUUUACUAAUUUAUCAUUUUAAUAGUUUCCCUGCUUUCAUGAAGCACUUUAUACAAAAGGAUCAGAUUUACCAAUGCAUACAGUUUUGUUCAGUAGACCUCAAGUAUGCAGAGGGAGUUAAGCUUGAAAACAAAUAUUGCCUGUAAUCAUGUUUGUUGUUAACACCUGGAUUCUUAAGGGAUGGUGACUCAAACAUCUGGUUUGUAAAGUACCUCUUCAACCACUAGAAAAUGGUGGCUCAUUUUUCUCUUAUGACUGACUGUUCAUGCCUGGUAAAAUUUUCAUGUUAUGAAUCCUGAAGUUACAUUACAGGUUGCUUUUUGGUUUUUUGUUUGUUUUUAGUUUCAUUUUUUUGAGGGAAUAGCAGGGAGAAAAUAUAAGACUGAGGUAUUGUGCAGAUAUGGGGAGGGAGAAAAUCGCCAACAUUAGUGGGUGUCGCUCUUAUUCUUUCAGAACUGUCUUGUUUUUUCAUGAAUGUUCUCAUAAAAUGUGCCUUCUAUUGGAGGGAUGUGGCACACAAUACUGUAUGCAUUUCCAAGAAUGUAAUUCUACACAAAGAUGAUUCUUAUGCUUUUUUUAUUUGUAAGUUCUUAACCAAAGUGCAAAGAAGUCUUUCCCAGAAAAUUUCCAGUACUUGAGUGAGAAAAAUCAGUGUAUUAGCUUUGCUUAGUAGACAUAAACCAAAUGUAUAGUUCUUCUUUUUCUUAAGAAUUACAGAUCUACAGUGAAACUUGUUAGCUAUAUUUGUGCAAAACAGUAAAUGGAGAGCCUUUGGCCUAAAAAACCACACCUAAUAAAAAUAAUUUCA